ACCAGCUUUGUGUGCGCAUGCGCAAAGGUUCACGUGUGAGGACGGCUUGCUAAAAACGUCUGAUUGCUAAAAAUGAUUAAAUAAUGUAAUUUAUUUUAGGUGAAAUUGAGGUGAAUCCGCGCUGUCGCCAUGCGGAGUCCAGCUGUGCGAAUGUUCCACAGGUUAGAGGGUCUGUUCUGCGUCUACAAACCCGCAGGAGUUCACUGGAAGCUGCUGAGGGACACCAUCGAGACUAAUCUUCUGAAAGGUGUGAACGAUACACCUGCUCCGCCUCUUACUCAUGAAGUUCGCUUCUUACCAAACCCAAACAACCAACCUAAAGCAUCUGGAGGACUCAUGCUGAGGCCAGUCUCUGUCCCCGUCCUGUCCAAGCACCCUCUGGUGACUGGACCGGAAUUCCAGCAUCUCAAAGUUGGAGUGGGUCACCGCCUGGAUGCUUCAUCUUCUGGUGUUCUUGUUCUGGCCGUGGGGAAUGGGAACAAGAUCCUAAACGAUCUCUACGGGAUACGAACCACAAGGGAUUACACGCUGGAAGGUGAAUUUGGGAUGGCAACACAUGAUUUUACUCACACGGGUCGAGUUGUGGAAAGAUCCACUUAUGAUCACAUCACUCGGGAGAAGAUGGAGAGUGUGCUAGCCAUGCUGGAAGGAGCCAAUCAAAAAGCCCUGAGAAUGUAUUCCAGUGUAGACAUGAACUCACAGGAAGCAUAUGAGCUGGCUGUAAAAGGCUUAUUGGGUCCAGACGGGAAAUCGGUUCCUAUUUUGACAGGCUUACGAUGCAUUCGCUUCCAGCCACCACACUUCACCUUAGAGGUGCAGUGCCUAAAUGAAACUCAGAAAUAUUUGCGCAAAGUUGUGCACGAGAUUGGACUGGAGCUGCGCAGCACGGCGGCGUGUAAGGGAGUGAGGCGGACCAGAGAUGGCUACUUUACCCUGCAGGACGCUCUCACGCAUAACCACUGGUCGGCUGCUGACAUCCUACAGGCUGUUCAGAAAUACCGCUCAAAAAAGAACAAGAAGAAGAGCUCCAGGACUCUAACUGAUAAAGCAAUGUUACAGACAUCUGAGGAAACACUCGCAGUCUCUCAAGAAAACAAAGCUGAUAAGGAAGAAACACCAACUGAGGUGCAAUGUAACUGAACUGAUGGGUGAUUAAAGAAAUAAAAGUGAACUAAAAUAGUGACAUUUCACAGCUCAGUUAAUAAAGACAUUUUACUAACAAGGUCAAACAAGUGUUUAAAAGGAAAAUGCUGCUCAAAUAUAUUGGGUUAAUAUACAAAUGUGACUCUAUGGUUGCCGGCCAAAGUUUUUACAGAAAUCCUUGAGAGAAUUAAUAUUGUUAAUGUUUUGGUUGUUUUUGUAAAUCCUUGUUUUUCAGCUUUAGAAUGAAGAGGCUUGAGUGAGUUUUUAAGACAGAAAAGGUGCUCAAGAGUUUUCCCUAAUGUAUAUGUGGUCAAAAUUAUAUGAACAGACUCAAAUACAUGCAAAGACUACACAACUGAUAUAUUGAAGUUUGCUCAAUGGCCUUCACCUCGACGGCAGGUUUCAUACUCUUGAGGAGGACUGAUCUGGAAAAAUGUGGCACCUGCAGCUUUCAAUAUAAACCAAAUAACUGAAAAUGUCCCAGUUUCACUUCUUAGGAACAAAUGUGAUUAUGCAAGUUAAAGUUGAACAGGGGGACAGACCUGCUAAAGUCUCUCUACUCUUUUUGGCCACUAAAACACUUCAAACAACUCUUAAGAGUUAUUUUUUUUAUCAGUUCUGGAUGCUGGUCAAUCCAGUGAGUAUUGAACAAAUCCUCUUCAUGAUAGCUGUGUGGUCAGUCAGCUACCAAUACGUUUUCAGGCCUUAACAUGUCAUUAAAGAAAAUCAUUACCUGUAGGAGCAUUUAUUAAAUAUUAAGUAAAUGUAUUUAAUCCUUUUUGAAUCAAUUCAUCCCUUUUGGACUUGAGGAAAUUAACAGAAAUUACAAACAUGUAAAGCUAUAACUUGUUUCUAAAGUUGUUUGUUGCAUAAACGUCUCAAUGUGGAAUAAGAACGGCUCCCAUCAAUUAGUUGAAGGCUGACGAUCAUCCCUCUGAUGAGUUUAGUGGGAACUUAGAGUUACAUGAAUUACAUGUUCUGACUCUGUAAAUUUAUUUCAGCAAAUAUUUGUCUAAGAGCAGCCAUGUCUCUGCUUGUGGUAGAAGUCUAAGUGCCAAAUGAUAACAUAAGCCAUUAACAGAACCUAAAUACAGGAUGCAUUGGUUUAUUAUCAUUUAUAUUGAUUUUACACUUUCCAUUGCUUGUAAAAUAUAUGCUGUGCUUUAAGGAAAUACACUCCCCUGUGUAUUUUGUUUGGGAUGUGGUUAUACCAGUCAUCUCAGAGUGUGCAGUAAAGGUUACUUACUGGUUUUUCAA